GAGCAGCCUGCAGCAGCAGCAGCAGCAGUGAAGGAGGAAGAGGAGGAGUAUGAGGUGGAGAAGAUUUUGGACCAUAGAGUGGUGAAGGGAAGAGUAGAGUUUCUGCUGAAAUGGAAGGGGUUCUCAGAUGAGGAUAACACAUGGGAGCCGCAAGACAACCUGGACGGCCCCGACCAUAUCGCCGAGUACAUGCAGAAACACAAGGAGAAGGAGGAGGAGAAGAAGGAGGGAAAGAGGAACGUUGUCAGUGAGGCCUUGGGAGACUCAGAGGAGCGAGGGAGCAAGAGGAAGAAGGAGGAGAAACGGAGAGGAGGAGAGGGACCCAAACGUCACCACUGUCAGCACUGUGACAAAUCCUUCACAACAUCUGGAUAUUUAAAGAUUCAUCAGAGAGUUCACACUGGAGAGAAUCUACACAGCUGUGAUCAAUGUGGGGCAGCUUUCACACGACAGGGAAACCUAAAAAAACAUCAACGCAUUCACACUGGAGAGAAGCCGUACAGCUGUGAUCAAUGUGGGGCAGCUUUCACACAACAGGGUACCCUAAAAAAACAUCAACGCAUUCACACUGGAGAGAAGCCGUACAGCUGUGAUCAAUGUGGGGCAGCUUUCACACAACAGGGUACCCUAAAAUUACAUCAACGCGUUCACACUGGAGAGAAGCCGUACAGCUGUGAUCAAUGUGGGGCAGCUUUCAGAGUACAGUGUAACCUAAAAAAACAUCAACGCAUUCACACUGGAGAGAAGCCGUACAGCUGUGAUCAAUGUGGAAAAGCUUUUUCUGAGAGUGGUCACCUUAAAACACACCAGCGCAUUCACACUGGAGAUAAACCUUACAGCUGUGACCUAUGUGAGAAAACGUUCACCACUCCAAGAGAAGUUGAAAUCCACCGACGUGUUCACACUGGAGAGAAGCCGUACUGGUGUGAUCAAUGUGGGAAAACUUUUUCUCAGAGUAGUAACCUUAAAAGACACCAGCUCAUUCACACUGGACCCAAACGUCACCACUGUCAACACUGUGACAAAUCCUUCACAACAUCUGGAUAUUUAAAGAUUCAUCAGAGAGUUCACACUGGAGAGAAGCCUUACAGCUGUGAUCAAUGUGGGGCAGCUUUCACACAACAGUGUAACCUAAAAAACCAUCAACGCAUUCACACUGGAGAGAAGCCGUACAGCUGUGAUCAAUGUGGGGCAGCUUUCACACAACAGGGACACCUAAAAUUACAUCAACGCAUUCACACUGGAGAGAAGCCGUUCAGCUGUGAUCAAUGUGGAAAAGCUUUUUCUGACAGUGGUCACCUUAAAACACACCAGCGCAUUCACACUGGAGAUAAACCUUACAGCUGUGACCUAUGUGAGAAAACGUUCACCGCUCCAGGAGAAGUUGAAAUCCACCGACGUGUUCACACUGGAGAGAAGCCGUACUGGUGUGAACAAUGUGGGAAAACUUUUUCUCGGAGUGGUCACCUUAAAACCCACCAGCGCAUUCACACUGGAGAGAAGCCGUACUGCUGUUAUCAAUGUGGGGCAGCUUUCACACUACAAAGUAACCUAAAAAUACAUAAACGCAUUCACACUGGAGAGAAGCCGUACAGCUGUGAUCAAUGUGGGGCAGCUUUCACACUACAAAGUAACCUAAAAAUACAUCAACGCAUUCACACUGGAGAGAAGCCGUACAGCUGUGAUCAAUGUGGGGCAGCUUUCACACUACAAAGUAACCUAAAAAGACAUCAGCGCAUUCACACUGGAGAGAAAGCGUACAGCUGUGAUCAAUGUGGGAAAACUUUUUCUCAGCGUGGUGACCUUGAAAAACACCGACGUGUUCACACUGGAGAGAAGCCGUACUGGUGUGAACAAUGUGGGGAAACAUUUUCUGAGAGUGGUACCCUUAAAAAACAUCAGCGCAUUCACACUGGAGAUAAACCUUACAGCUGUGAUUUAUGUGGUAAAACCUUUUCUGAGAGUGGUAACCUAAAAAGCCACCGACGUGUUCACACUGGAGAGAAGCCGUACUGGUGUGAACAAUGUGGGAAAACUUUUUCUCAGAGUAGUCACCUUAAAAGACACCACCAGCUCAUUCACACUGGACCCAAAUGUCACCACUGUCAGCACUGUGACAAAUCCUUCACAACAUCUGGAUCUUUAAAGAUUCAUCAGAGAGGUCACACUGGAGAGAAGCCGUAUAGCUGUGAUCAAUGUGGGGCAGCUUUCAUACGACAGGGACACCUAAAAAGCCAUCAACGUAUUCACACUGGAGAGAAGCCGUACAGCUGUGAUCAAUGUGGGGAAACAUUUUCUCGGAGUAGUAACCUUAAAAGACACCAGCUCAUUCACACUGGAGAGAAACCUUACAGCUGUGAUUUAUGUGGUAAAACCUUUACUAGGAGUGGUAGCCUAGAAAGACACCGACAUGUUCAUACUGGAGAGAAGCCAUACUGGUGUGAUCAAUGUGGGAAAACUUUUUCUAGGAGUAGUCACCUUAAAAGACACCAGCGCAUUCACACUGGAGAGAAGUCGUACAGCUGUGAUCAAUGUGGGAAAACUUUUACUCAGAGUGGUCACCUUGAAAGCCACCGACGUGUUCACACUGGAGAGAAGCCGUACUGGUGUGAACAAUGUGGGGAAACUUUUUCUCAGAGUAGUCACCUUAAAAGACACCAGCUCAUUCACACUGCCUCGUAGUGAACAUGUUUCAGAGCCAAGCUGUUUCCUCCUGCCUCCUCCUCAUGCCCUGAUAGCUGUGUUGUUAUAUUCUGAUCUUCUCUCCACAUUGAAGGCUGACCAGCAGUAACUUGAUCUUCUCAACACCAUGGAUGUUAUCCUGGCUACGACUACAUAUUACACUCCCUCCCUUUGAAGGGAUUCAUUUCACUCAAAAUUAGCUUUUAUUCCUGUAAUACAAUAUGUUGAGUUAAGGGUUCAACUGCUAGCGCUAUUUAACUAAUGCUGCAACA